AUGCGUUUCGCUCUUCUAGCCCUUUCAUGUUGUGAUCUUGUCACUGCACUCACUGAAGAAGAUGCCCUGGUAAAGUGGGGUGGGCCUAGGGGUGGGGGUAAGGUUUCCCAUGGGGGUAACAAUGUUGGCAAUGGGGAUGGUGGUGGCAUUGGCAUUGAUACUGGGGGUGGUGACAUUGGGGACAUUGGCGUUGGGGUUGGGGGUGGCUGCGACCCGGCCGCUUGUGACGCCAAGGUAAGAUUUGUGGUGUCGGAAAUUAGGGGAUCAAUCUGGCUACUGCGACAACGGGAGUGGAUCUUCCAGUUUACUUGGACUGAUCCUUAG